AAAGAAUAACUUCGAGCAUGCACCCUAAACAAAAUCAAAAUGAAAUCUCAAUUCCGAUCUAGGGUUUGGCUCGUAUAGUUUUGCAAUCCAAAAGAAACAGUGGGUCUAGGACCAUUGUUUUAUCAUUAUAUUACCUUUUCACAGCAAAGGUCCCUGAACCCCACAGCUUAUUUUCUUGUGUCUCUAAAUUAUGUUCUCAUGUUUUCAUCGCUUUGACCCCAAUUUUCAGCAACGGUUAGAAAGAGGAAAACCCAAGUGAGGGUUUUUGUGGUUAAAGUGGUUUCUUUAUCAGUAGUCUCAGAUUCUCUCACUUUUAGGGCUAGAGAGAGAAACUGGAGAUGAAUUUGGUCUGUUUUUAGCAAACCAAUUUUUUGUUUGAUCUCUGAGAAGCUUAGAGAAGAUGAUUACAGAGAAACCAGGGUGGAUUAGGCAUGGGGGAUUGCAAAUAUUCUCCAUAGAUAUUCAGCCUGGUGGCCUUCGCUUUGCUACAGCAGGGGGAGACCAUAAGGUUCGGAUAUGGAACAUGAAGUCGGUGGGUCGAGAGACCGAAUAUGAUCAGACAAACCAAACAUUGUUGGCCACCCUCCGUGACCACUUUGGAUCUGUGAAUUGUGUUAGGUGGGCUAAGCAUGGUCGAUAUGUUGCAUCAGGUUCUGAUGAUCAAGUAAUCCUCGUCCAUGAGAGGAAGCCAGGUUCCGGCACCACUGAGUUUGGCAGUGGAGAACCUCCGGAUGUCGAGAACUGGAAAGUGGUGAUGACCUUACGUGGACAUACUGCAGAUGUGGUGGAUCUCAACUGGUCUCCAGAUGACUUGAUAUUGGCUAGCUGUAGUUUGGAUAAUACGGUACACAUAUGGAAUAUGAGCAAUGGUAUAUGCACAGCUGUUUUGAGAGGUCACUCAAGCCUUGUUAAAGGAAUUGCUUGGGAUCCUAUUGGUUCUUUCAUUGCAAGCCAAUCUGACGACAAGACUGUCAUUAUUUGGCGUACAAAUGAUUGGAGCCAGGAGCACAGAACGGAAGGGCACUGGGGGAAAUCUGUUGGAUCCACUUUCUUUAGGCGGCUUGGAUGGUCACCUUGUGGUCAUUUUAUUACUACCACACAUGGGUUUCAGAAGCCUAGGCACUCUGCACCUGUACUGGAAAGGGGCGACUGGUCAGCUACUUUUGAUUUCUUGGGUCAUAAUGCCCCCGUUGUUGCUGUGAAGUUCAACCAUUCUAUGUUUCGAAAGAACCUUGCUAAUGGUGCAGAUUUAAAGGAAUUUCAGCAAGUUGAAACAGUUGGGUGGUCGAAUGGUGCCACAAAGUCAGUGCCGAGAGAAUCAAUGCCAUAUAAUGUGAUUGCCAUUGGGAGUCAGGACUGCACUAUAACUGUUUGGACCACAGCAAGUCCCCGCCCCCUUUUUGUGGCCAAGCAUUUUUUCACACAAAGUGUUGUUGACUUAUCCUGGAGUCCUGAUGGCUAUGCGCUAUUUGCUUGUUCUUUGGACGGGACUGUGGCAACGUUCUAUUUCGAAGUGAAAGAACUUGGCCACCGAAUCAGCGACGCUGAACUCGAUGAAUUGAAGCGGAGCCGAUACGGUGAUGUGAGAGGACGCCAGGCUAACCUAGCUGAAAGCCCAGCUCAACUCUUACUAGAGGUAGCCUCAGCUAAGCAGCUUCCGACCAAAAGGGGGCUCUCUAACCUUAGCACCCAACAAAGCCAAUCACCAGGAAAGCCUCCUUCUAUGGAGGUGGCCAACCCUGUAAUCUCCCAGACCCAACCAAAGGGCCUGGAUCCACAUGUUGAAGAUGACAAAAAAGCUAUGGUUUCUUCAGGUGGGGCUGGGUUGAAUAAGGCUGGUUCAGCUAGGACCUCCAGUCCAGUUAAACAAAGGGAGUAUAGGCGUCCAGAUGGAAGAAAAAGGAUAAUUCCUGAAGCAGUUGGAGUUCCCAUGCAACAGGAUAGUGUGUAUGGUGGGACACAAGGGGCCCCACUUGAGUUGGCUCUCUCAUUCCCUGAACAAAGAAAGGAUGGCAACGGGGAGCUUAAUGAUGAUAAUGGGGCAAAUAAUGCUCUUCUAAAAAGGCCAUUUCAUGGAAAUUUAGAGACCAAUGAACUUGCUAGCAAGUUCUGUGACUGUGGAGUGAAGGAGCGGGUGGGGUCCACAGCCAGGGCCAAAGUUACUGAGGGUCUUAUUAUUGAGAAGGCUGUGGGCUCUGGUGAGGGGAAAGUUAAUGUUGAGAAUGUUGGGCAUGUGAGUACUGGUAGUUUCUUAUCAAUUAGGGUUUUCGAUAAGGAUGGAGUUCAGGAUAGCAUACCAAUUUGUUUGGAUGCUAAGCCUGUGGAAAGAGCAGUCAGUGACUUGGUUGGCGUUGGGAGCUCUUUGUUGGUAAAAGAAACAGAGGUUACGUGCUUGCAGGGAGCUGUAAUUCUAUGGUCUGAUCGAUUAGCGGGAAAAGCAACUGCAAUGGCUGGAAACACCAAUUUCUGGGCUGUUGGUUGUGAAGAUGGCUGUUUACAGGUCUACACAAAGUGUGGGAGAAGAGCUAUGCCAAUGAUGAUGUUGGGAUCUGCAGCCACUUUCGUAGAUUGUGAUGAGGGCUGGAAGCUGCUUUUAGUCACUCGGGUAGGAUCGGUCUAUCUCUGGGACUUGUUUAACCGAACCUGUGUUCUUCGUGACUCUCUUGCUUCUCUUAUUACUUCCACUCCAGAUUCGUCCUCCAAAAAUCCAGGAACAAUCAAAGUUAUAUCCGCAAGGUUCACGAGAUCCGGUUCUCCUCUGGUUGUGCUAGCGACUCGUCAUGCAUUUCUUUAUGAUCUGAACCUGAAGUGUUGGCUGAGAAUAGCUGAUGAUACCUUCCCUGCAUCAAAUUUUACGAGUUCAUGGAAUCUUGGUUCCUCUCAGAGUGGUGAACUGGCAGCUUUACAAGUUGAUGUUGGCAAAUUCCUAGCUAGAAAGCCUAGUUGGAGCAGGGUUUUGACAGAUAAUGGGGUGCAGACCCGAGCUCAUCUGGAGUCUCAGCUAGCAUCAUCCCUAGCUUUAAAAUCACCUACUGAAUACCGCCAAUGCCUCCUAUCAUACAUCCGAUUUCUUGCAAGAGAAGCAGAUGAAUCUCGUUUACGUGAAGUGUGUGAGAGCUUUAUUGGCCCCCCCACUGGGAUGGUUGAAUCUAAUUCUUCGGAGACCAAUAACCCAACGUGGGAUCCCUAUGUGCUGGGAAUGAAAAAGCACAAACUUCUUAAAGAAGAUAUACUUCCCGCCAUGGCUUCAAAUAGGAAGGUGCAGCGAUUAUUGAAUGAGUUCAUGGAUUUGCUUUCAGAGUAUGAAACUGGGGUCGACCAGGAGAAAAUUGCAGAUCCUGUGAAAGACUCAUGAGCUUGUAAAGGAUGGGAAUAAUCUAAAAUUGGCAUAUGGGGCUCAAUGAUUUUUGUAUUAUAGUGUUUUUUUAAAAAAAUUAUGUGGGCACAGGGGAUGCUCAUUGCUCUCAGUUUUGUAUCUACGUUGAUGUUUCUCAUUUAGGUUGACUUCCAUUAACUCUCCCCACUUGUAACCUUUUUGAACUGAAGCAUUUUGCUCUCUGAUCAUUUUGCAUUGCUUGCGUAGAUGAAGUAAAAGAAAAUAUUCCUCAG